UUGAGUGACCUCAAAGCAGAUAAACACUCAAAUGCUGGCAGUGUAAUAGGCCUAUGUGUGCAUAAGGCUCAUCUGACGAUCUAAAGGAGGAGGAACAGUAUCAUCAGCCUCCCCUCAGCGGACGCUCACGCGCUCAGCCCUCCUGCGCAGCGCACAUGGAUUCUACGCGCUCAGAAGUGUUUUCACCGGGCAUCUUGGCACAAGUGGCUUGUUUUCUUCUGCCUUGAAGGAUGACUUCCCGCUCUUAAUGCUGAGGACUGCUCGGAACUUACGCUAAAGAGAGAUAUUAUUCAUGAAACCAGCAAGAAAUGAAGAUGAACCUCGUGAAUUGUUUGACUCUUCUCUUAGUUUGGCACGCACACGCGGUCAGUGCGAUGCAUGCAAACUGUCACUUUCUGUAUGAACUGCAGAUGGCUGAGAAGGAAUGUUUGGGCAUGCUGGCAGACCAGCUGCCUCCGCACACUAAAGGUUGCAGGGGAAUGUGGGACAAUAUUUCUUGCUGGCACCAUGCCGACAUUGGAGAGGUGGUCGUCAACACCUGCCCCGCUGCCCUAAAAAAUUUGUUCUCCAGAGAUGGCAUCAUUAGCAGGAACUGCACUAUGGAAGGCUGGUCCGACGUGUAUCCCAGCAUCCACAGCGCUUGCUUUGAGCCCACCCCGAAUGCAGCCAAGCUUGUUUUCUACACGGUGAUGAAGGCCCUUUACACACUCGGACACAGCCUCUCUCUCAUCGCACUCAUCACCGGCAGCACCAUCCUCUGUCUGUUCAGAAAACUCCACUGCACCAGGAACUACAUCCAUCUGAACCUGUUCUUCUCGUUCAUACUGAGGGCCAUCGCUGUGCUUGUCAAAGAUGCCAUUCUGUUUUCCCACGAGAAUGUAGAAUGUACAAAGCAGCCAUCACUGAUUGGUUGCAAGGCCAGCCUGAUCAUCUUCAACUACUUCAUCAUGGCAAACUUCUACUGGUUGCUGGUGGAAGGGCUUUACCUACAUACUCUACUGAUGGUCAUCUUCUCUGAGAACAGACACUUCAUCAUUUACCUCCUCAUUGGCUGGGGAUUCCCCACCGUGUUUGUGAUUUCAUGGAUUGUGUGUAGGAUUUACCUCGAGGACACAGGAUGCUGGGAGAGAAAUGAUGCCCCGAUUCCCUGGCGGGUGAUUAACUGGCCAAUCAUGGCAUCUGUCAUUUUGAACUUUAUUCUGUUCAUCAGCAUCAUUCGAAUCCUGGUCCAGAAACUGAGGUGUCCUGAUGUCGGUGGAAACGAUCAGUCCCAGUACAGGAGGUUGGCCAAGUCCACACUUCUCUUGAUCCCUCUGUUUGGCAUCAACUAUGUUGUUUUCGUUUACAUCAUAGAAGAAAAUGGAGAGAUGGAAAACUAUAAAAUAUUCUUUGACCUUGGUCUGGGAUCUUUUCAGGGCUUGGUGGUUGCGAUUUUGUACUGUUUUUUGAAUAGUGAGGUCCAGAGCGAACUCAAGAGGAAGUGGCGGAGUUUGCGUUUAAAGCGUUACAUCAGUCGUGACUAUCGUCUACACAGUUCAUCCAUAUCCCGGAACGGCACAGAAAACAUGGCCCAAUUCCAUCGGAACUCCAGAGCCCAGUCUUUCCUACAGACCGAGACCACCGUGGUGUGAGACAUCCAGAAGCAGCGCUAUAUGAAUCACGCUCUUACUUCACCCCCCCCAGCUAACAACUCAGUAUUUUUCAAAAGCUUUACGCUGAAGAGGAUGAGGCUUCCUGAAGCAUGAGAUUGACAUGCAGGAGACACGAUAAGGAUUCAGCAUCUCUGAGGCACAGCGCUGUAUUUCAGUAGGCCUAUACAAUGCAAAAUCUUGCAAAAUUUGCUAUAAACCACCAAAAUAGCACAUUAAACCAAAUCUCUGUGAGUGGGAUAGUAUUGGUGGCAUUAAAAACUGCAAUUCCGUUUUUUUUAUUGAAUGCAGAUGACAUAUAUAUUGCUUUUUGUAAACUCUUUCAUUGCAUUAGGGUCAGAUUAUAUAAUAGUGUUAUGUAAAUGCUACUUAAGGCCCACAGCUAUUUCCUUAGACGUUCAUGGAGGAAAUUGUGAAAAAAAAUUUGAAAGUUGUUUUUAAAUUGUAUUUAGUAUGUU